AUGGCAGCCUUGGCGGUGGAUCCUCCUGUUUGUAAGGUGACUGCUGCCGGAGGCUCUUCAACUCAUCAACUAGUCAACUCAGGAGCUUGUCGAGUCGCUUUCAAGUUUCGCUCAUCCAACAACACUUCUUAUCGUCUGAAGCCGGUCUUCGGCUUCGUGGAACCGUCGUCCUCAACUGCUUUUGAUGUUACAAGAUUAGUAAGUCAUUUUUUCACUUUUUGUAAUUAGUGUAUGAUAAAAAUAACGUUGUUUAAAAUUUUUUGACUGUAAAAAUAAAUUUUUUCGAUUCUUAGUUUAUGUAUUUUUAGCCUGGACCGGCCAAAGAAGACAAACUGGUGAUACAAUUCGUAGAAGCUGCUGCCGACGCUACCGAUGCCCAAGCCUUGUUCAAAGAUGGAAAACCCUGUGCUACAGUAACCCUUCCUAUUUCGGCUGCUUAA